AUGAGAGCCACGGCAUUGUAUUGUGAUGCAUAUAUCAAAAAUGUGAAAAUUCCGUUAAUAAUUGACUCCAGUUCUGCUGGAUGUAUAAUUUUCAUAAAGUUGCUUAAAGACCUAGAUAUGGAGAUAACAGGAGCAUCUAAAACAAUAAUGGUUAACAUAAAUGAUGAAAAAAGAAGACCCUUAAGGGCUGUUACAG